CCAAUGCGACGGCACCCCAGCAGCCGCAUUGAGUUGAUAAAAAAAGCGAAGAAACGGAAAGAAAACGCGCAUCGAUCAAAAACAAAAACAACGCAGCAGCAGCAGCAGCCUACCAAAAGCUACAGCGCGUGUGUGUUUACAAAAGGCAGAUCGUCUUUAUUUUCACUAUUCUGUGCAAGAGUGAGCAUUUGAUUUGCUAUUUUCGGUUCAAUUAUUCUGCAUUUUGUGCGGUUCGGAAGCUAGGAAACCCAAUAAAGCGACGAUUGCGGUUGUUAAUCGAACGGUUCCGGUAGGAUUUCGAGGUUUGUUUUGUGUUUCACGCUAAACACGCAGAUAGGAAAAAAAACCACAGGAGGAAACCUUGUGCAUGUGCUUUUCACACCAGCAGUGAGUUGAAAGAGGCUCUGUCCAGAAUUUUUCACUUGACUUGGACGACGGAAAAAAUCCACGCUUGUUUUGCGGAGUGACAAUACAGCAAAAAAAAACCGCAGGUCUCUAUUUUUCUUGCAAUCGCGAGUGUCUCUAGAUGCGUCAACUGUAGUAGCCAACGAGAAGCUAGAGCGCUACAAUGACCGACAACAACAAUUUCCACAUCCCGCAGCAUGUUAUCAAGCACGAGACCAUUCAGUCGUCUUCGUCGUCAUCCCCGCCGCAGCAUCAUCAAUUCCAGGUGUACUACCACCACCAGCCGUCGCCGGCGGCCACGGUAGGCCAGCAGCAGUUGAAACCGGCGGCGACGCCGGCGCUGAAGAUUGUCGAAACUGCAUCCGUCGAGCCCAGCAGUGGUGCGGGCACUGGUAUUGACUACAGUACGCAUCACCACCCGCACCCGCAGCAAAUCAUCGAGUACGAUCCGAUUAGCGAGCCGGUCAACGUGGUCAUCGAACAGCAGCAGCACUACGUCGAGAGUCAACCUACCAUCGAGCAGCAAGAGCAGAGCGUGAUCGAGGCACUCUGCCAGCAGGCACACCAGAAUCGACUGCAACAGGAGCAGCAGCAUGUGGUAGCCUUCAAGGGAAAACGCCUGCGGCUGGAACAACAUCAGCACGAAAACGGUUCCGAUGCCAUGAGCGACGAAGAGAACGAUGACGACCGUCGAAGGAAACCACAUCACGGACCGACGGCUCACGGUGAGUCCAUCGAGGAGCAAGAGCAGAGUAUUAUUGAGGCGCUCUACCAGCAGCAACAGCAGAAUCUGCGGAAACUCAUCCAUCACCAGCCCCUCUCCUUGCAUCGGCACUCGUCCACUCCACCGUCUCGCUCGAUUUCUCCCUCCCAGUCACCGACCGUAUCGGGGACGACCGAUUCGCUCGGUUCUCGCGUCUCAUCUCAGCCCGGUCAACCGACGCCGAAUGUCUCCCAUCUGGCGCCCGCUAUUUCGCUGGCCAACAUCAACCAGAACAACUUUAUCGCCCGAUUGAUAAGCAAGGACAACAUUCUGCUCAUCUCGGAGGACCUCAUCGAGAUCGGUCGCAAUUCAUCCCGCGCCCAGGUGGACUUCCACGUCGGCCGGAACAGUUUCGUCUCGCGAAAGCAUCUGCUACUGCACCACGACCACACCGACGGGGAAUUCUAUCUGUCCUGCUUAAGCAAGAACGGGGUCUUCAUCGAUAACGUUUUCCACCGAAAAGGUGCCGAACCGUACCUGCUGCCUAAGGUUUGCAGCAUACGCUUCCCCAGUACAAACAUCAAGAUACAGUUCGAAAGCUUGUACCACAAGAGCGCCUCUGAGCCGCGUGACUUGCUGGAUGCCAGCGGAGGAUCCUAUUCGGCUGGCCUUCAAGCGGUCGGUAAUGGUCCAUCCGGUGGGGGUGGCAACGCGCAACCGAAUUCGUCUUCUGGUGCUGGUGGCGGUGGUGGCAAUAGUGGCGGCGGAAGUAUGUACGCUCCGCUUAAGAUCUCCAUUCCGCCGGAACCGCCCAGCUCAUCGUCGAUGGAACACAUGGACCUUAGCGGUCACGGUCGGGAUAACGGCAAAAGUCCGUACCCGUCGCCAACGGGUACCAUCAGUGCGGCCAACAGUUGCCCUACCAGUCCCCGCCAAGGUUAUCACGAUUUUUCGAUGUACGGAGUUGGCCACGGUGGCUCCCUUAACCUGGGGCACGAUGGUAAUGCCGACAUGAGUGCCGGUAGCGGUGGAUUGGCCUCCAGCAGCAGUGCUAACCAUAGCUUUAAUGACUUCCAACCGCCAGCCACGUCGCAAUCGCUCGAGAACGAGAAACCUCCGUACAGCUACGCCCAGCUUAUUGUGCAAUCGAUUUCGGCUUCGCCGGAAAAGCAGCUGACGCUGUCCGGAAUCUAUUCGUUCAUCUCGAAGAACUAUCCGUACUACCGGAAUGGAGCCAACAAGGGCUGGCAAAAUUCGAUUCGACACAAUCUGAGUCUGAAUCGGUAUUUCAUUAAAGUGCCCCGGUUACAAGACGAACCGGGCAAGGGCAGUUUCUGGCGUAUCGAUCCCAACAGCGAGCUGAAGCUGGUGGAUCAAAGUUACCGCAAGCGGCGCCAGCGAGGCAGUCAGUGCUUCCGGACGCCAUACGGUAUGCCCAAAUCGGCUCCGGUUUCGCCCACCCCGAUGGAUCCGGAGAGUCGGGAGGGUUCGCCACUGAACGAACUGCUGAUGCAGUCGGCUCCCGGAUCGCCCGGACAGGUGGCUGCCAAUGCGUACGUACACAGUAGCUCCGGCACCGGCGUGCCGGGCCAUCCUGGCCAGGAGGAGCCUUCUCGGAACAACACACCACCGGCAUCCCUCACCAGACGGGCGGCAGCUGCCACUACCGGCAAAAAAAACCUCCAAAAAUUCGUUACACAAAAUUCACCCAACACAGCCACAGCCCUCCACACCAGCAACAGCAGCAACCUCUGCAGAUCUGUAGGCACCAGGACCCCUUUCUAACCUUGUUUUUUACCCUUUUCUUAUAUCGUCGAAUGGUGCCAUUUGUGGACUUUUCCACCACCAACAAACCACUUUGCGGUGUAGUAGUUCUUUAGUUUUUUUUUUCUCCAGCAAACUUAGGCACAUACAAAACCACCCCAAUUGUAUGGACAAAUAACCUUUCAGGUAUAUAUUUAGAUUUAUAUGUACUAGGAUGUGAGACUACUUCGGCAGGGCAUUCUAAUGCGCAAAACCUACCGAAAUAGUCCGAUACUCUACGUGUUAAACAAACAAAGAGGAUAGGUGUAUCGAGUAAAACAAAACAAAAAUUAAGCCGAAUACGAACAAACCAUUGAUGUUUUUUGUGUUCGUAUUUGAAGUUGUUAGCCAGCAGCAGCGCGAACCCAGAUGAUUGAAGAAUACAAAGCAACAUGAAAUCUGUUUCAAAA